CUACUGGUGCAGGCCCUUCCUGAGCGGCCGAAUUAACUGGUUCUGUCUGUCCAACUGGGAGAGCAGCUCUCGCUAAAAAUAGCGCCCUGCCAAGAGCGACUAGCGCCCAGCGAACCCGGGCAGCCACUGUGGGAGUCCUAGCCGCGACAGUCCCGGGAGCCCAGAGAACCCCCACACGCCCCAAGCUGGGGUUUGGCCUAGGUCCCAUUCCCCAGGACGACGUAGCUGGGUCGCUGGGUCGCUGGCACAGUACCGUCCCUACAGGUGCUUCAGAUGGUGGAAGGCCCUCCGGCCGAGGCGGGACCCGGGCGCUCCGGGAUGGGAGCGGACGGCCCACCCUCCCGCGCUCUCGCCUGGGCCUCUCUGCCCCUGCUGGGGCCUCCAGCCGGCGCCCUCUGCGAGGACACGCUCAGCUGCCAAGAGUCGCCCCAAGAAAGGCCGGGCUCCCGGCGCAGCCUGCCUGGCAGCCUCUCAGAGAAGAGCCCCAGCAUGGAGCCCUCAGCUGCUACGCCCUUCCGGGUCACGGGCUUCCUCAGCCGCCGCCUCAAGGGCUCCAUCAAGCGCACCAAGAGCCAGCCCAAGCUGGACCGCAACCACAGCUUCCGCCACAUCCUGCCGGGGUUCCGGAGCGCCGCCGCCGCCGCCGCCGCCUCCACCACGGACAAUGAGAGGUCCCAUCUGAUGCCAAGGCUGAAGGAGUCUCGCUCCCACGAGUCCCUGCUCAGCCCCAGCAGUGCGGUGGAGGCGCUGGACCUCAGCAUGGAGGAAGAGGUGGUCAUCAAGCCUGUGCACAGCAGCAUUCUUGGCCAGGACUACUGCUUUGAGGUGACAACGUCGUCAGGGAGCAAGUGCUUCUCCUGCCGGUCAGCAGCCGAGCGAGACAAGUGGAUGGAGAACCUGAGACGAGCAGUGCACCCCAACAAGGACAACAGCCGGCGUGUGGAGCAUAUCCUGAAGCUGUGGGUGAUCGAGGCCAAGGACCUGCCAGCCAAGAAGAAGUACCUGUGCGAGCUGUGCCUGGACGACGUGCUCUAUGCACGCACCACAGGCAAGCUCAAGACUGACAACGUCUUCUGGGGCGAGCACUUUGAGUUCCACAACCUGCCGCCCUUGCGCACCGUCACCGUCCACCUCUAUCGGGAGACUGACAAGAAGAAGAAGAAGGAGCGCAACAGCUACCUGGGCCUGGUGAGCCUGCCUGCUGCAUCGGUGGCCGGGCGGCAAUUCGUAGAGAAGUGGUACCCAGUGGUGACGCCCAACCCCAAAGGUGGCAAGGGCCCUGGGCCCAUGAUCCGCAUCAAGGCCCGCUACCAGACCAUUACCAUCCUGCCCAUGGAAAUGUACAAGGAGUUUGCCGAGCACAUCACCAACCACUACCUGGGCCUCUGCUCAGCCCUUGAGCCCAUCCUCAGCGCCAAGACCAAGGAGGAGAUGGCAUCAGCCCUGGUGCACAUCCUGCAGAGUACGGGCAAGGUGAAGGACUUCCUGACGGACCUAAUGAUGUCGGAGGUGGACCGCUGUGGGGACAAUGAGCACCUCAUCUUCCGGGAGAACACUCUGGCCACCAAGGCCAUUGAGGAGUACCUGAAACUGGUGGGCCAAAAGUACCUGCAGGAUGCACUAGGGGAGUUCAUCAAGGCACUGUAUGAGUCGGACGAGAACUGUGAAGUGGACCCCAGCAAGUGCUCAGCUGCCGACCUCCCUGAGCACCAGGGCAACCUCAAGAUGUGCUGUGAGCUGGCCUUCUGCAAGAUCAUCAACUCCUACUGUGUCUUCCCUCGGGAGCUGAAGGAGGUGUUUGCCUCAUGGCGGCAGGAAUGCAGCAGCCGGGGCCGGCCGGACAUCAGCGAGCGGCUCAUCAGUGCCUCCCUGUUCCUGCGCUUCCUCUGCCCAGCCAUCAUGUCGCCCUCACUCUUCAACCUGCUGCAGGAGUAUCCCGACGACCGCACCGCCCGCACCCUUACCCUCAUCGCCAAGGUGACCCAGAACCUGGCCAACUUCGCCAAGUUUGGCAGCAAGGAAGAAUACAUGUCCUUCAUGAACCAGUUCCUGGAGCAUGAGUGGACCAACAUGCAGCGUUUCCUGCUGGAGAUCUCCAAUCCGGAGACCAUCUCCAACACUGCUGGCUUCGAGGGCUACAUUGACCUGGGCCGAGAGCUCUCCAGCCUUCACUCACUGCUCUGGGAGGCCGUCAGCCAACUGGAGCAGAGCAUCAUAUCCAAACUGGGGCCCCUACCUCGAAUCCUGAGGGACGUCCACACGGCACUGAAUGCCCCAGGCAGUGGGCAGCUUGCAGGGACCAAUGACCUCGCCUCUACGCCUGGCUCUGGCAGUAGUAGCAUUUCAGCUGGGUUGCAGAAGAUGGUGAUUGAGAAUGACCUCCCUGGUCUGAUAGAUUUCACCCGGUUACCGUCUCCAACCCCCGAAAACAAGGACUUGUUUUUUGUCACAAGGUCCUCCGGGGUCCAGCCCUCACCUGCCCGCAGCUCGAGUUACUCAGAAGCCAACGAACCGGAUCUUCAGAUGGCCAACGGUGGCAAGAGCCUAUCCAUGGUGGACCUGCAAGAUGCCCGCACACUGGACGGGGAGGUGGGCUCCCCAGCAGGACCCGACACCCUCACCACUGAAGGGCAAGCACCCGCAACUCAGCUGGUGGCCGGGUGGCCCACCCGUGCAGUCCCGGGGAGCCUGGCAGGACUGGCUACUGUGCGGAGGGCAGGCCAGACACCGACCACUCCAAGCACUUCUGAGGGUGCACCGGGCCGGCCCCAGCUCCUGGCACCCCUCUCCUUCCAGAACCCAGUGUACCAGAUGGCGGCUGGCCUGCCUCUGUCGCCCCGAGGCCUUGGCGACUCGGGCUCCGAGGGCCACAGCUCCCUGAGCUCCCACAGCAACAGUGAGGAGCUGGCGGCUGCAGCCAAGCUGGGGAGCUUCAGCAGCGCUGCCGCAGAGGAGCUGGGGCGGCGGCCCGGGGAGCUGGCGCGGAGGCAGAUGUCUCUGACUGAGAAAGGUGGGCAGCCCACGGUACCACGGCAGAACAGCGCCGGCCCCCAGCGAAGGAUCGACCAGCCACCUCCCCCGCCCCCGCCGCCCCCGCCUGCACCCCGUGGCCGGACGCCACCCACCCUGCUGAGCACCUUGCAGUACCCACGACCCUCCAGCGGGACCCUGGCAACAGCCUCACCCGAUUGGGCCGGCCCUGGAGCCCGGCUGCGGCAGCAGUCCUCCUCCUCCAAGGGCGACAGCCCCGAGCUGAAACCCCGCGCUGUGCACAAGCAGGGCCCUUCACCUGUGAGCCCCAAUGCCCUGGACCGCACGGCCGCUUGGCUCUUGACCAUGAACGCGCAGUUGUUAGAAGACGAGGGCCUGGGCCCAGACCCCCCCCACAGGGAUAGGCUAAGGAGUAAGGAGGAGCUCAGCCAAGCAGAAAAGGACCUGGCGGUGCUGCAAGACAAACUGCGCAUCUCCACCAAGAAGCUGGAGGAGUACGAGACCCUGUUCAAGUGCCAGGAGGAGACGACCCAGAAGCUGGUGCUGGAGUACCAGGCGCGGCUAGAGGAGGGUGAGGAACGACUGCGGCGGCAGCAGGAGGACAAGGACAUCCAGAUGAAGGGCAUCAUCAGCAGAUUGAUGUCCGUGGAGGAGGAAUUGAAGAAAGACCACGCAGAGAUGCAAGCAGCUGUAGAUUCCAAACAGAAGAUCAUUGAUGCCCAGGAGAAGCGCAUCGCCUCACUGGAUGCCGCCAACGCCCGCCUCAUGAGCGCCCUGACCCAGCUGAAAGAGAGGUACAGCAUGCAAGCCCGUAACGGCAUCUCCCCCACCAACCCCACCAAAUUGCAGAUUACUGAGAACGGCGAGUUCCGAAACAGCAGCAAUUGUUAACCUGCCCAAGGAGAGGGAGGACUGUGGUGGCCCAGGGCAGGGUCUCGGCCAGGGGAGGAGCACCCCCACAGUUGCAGCCCCCCUCAUGGGGGGCCCAGAGGCCGAGGCUCGCCUCCCCUCCCCUGCACCCGAGGUCCAGGAGGCGGCCACAGAGGGAGCCACAAGAGACUGAUGCAGCCAUGAGGCGGGGUCACCAGCCCGCUCCCCUUCUCUUCCGGCCUGAGGAGGAGCGUGUUUGCUGUAGGCAGAAGAGACUGCACGCUGGGGAGUGGGGACAACCUGGCGGGAGUGGGGAGACCAGCCAGAACAUGUCUUUGUUGGUCAUUGAACCUGGUGUGUGUCACCUUUCCCUCUCUGACCUGGCCAAAUGCAUGUAGCUCACGCCCUCCCCAGGGAGGGAGCUGCCUGGACAGACAGACAGAGCUAGGGGCCUGGGCCCAUGGCUGCCCCUGCUCUGCAGCACCUGCCUCCACAGGUCCAUUAACAGGCAGGAGGUGGGGGGCGGGGUGCCUGUGCCCUGAGUACCCUCCACUGCAUGCUGCCUGUCCGGGCCCCCUCCUGGCUGUGAGAAACCAAGCCCCCCCCCCACACACACACACCUACCUACCUGUCCCCAACCUCCUAGCCUCCCAGCUCGUCCCCCCUCCCUUCUUUGUGCUGCCAAACAGACUGGGUGAGGAGCACUGCUCGCUCUUCUCCUUGUACCUGUGGGGAGAACCCAGAGACUCCCCUACUAGCCAUGGGGGCCCGAGGUGAUGCCAUGGGGCUCCCUGAUGCCAAAGAUCUGGGCAGAGGUGUCCCAGACGGCACUGCCCAAUGCCUGCCCUUCUCUUGGGACCCAGGGCACCAGGGCAGGGUAGCCCCACUGGUGCUGGCCCCGAGAGGCAGGCUGCUCUUUCCUUAUUGAUGGUUAAAACAAAAAAUAUUCUGAUGCCCACAGGCCCUGAGAAGGUGGAUAACUGUGAUUUUUUUUCCUUUCACAGUAUGCAUUAGAAACAAAAGCCCGCUUGCUCGCUUGCUGGAACACAGGGGCCUUUUAAAUUGAGCGUGCGCACUGCAUGGGAAAUAGCGGCCCUGGAGGAUGUUAGACUUGCUCCCUCUCCAAGACAGCAGCAGCCUGCAGCAGGCCCCGUGUGUGCGCGGCGGCCGCCUCCUCACCCUCCCCGGCCCCCAGCCAAGGACCCAGGCGCUGCAGACAGGGGAGGGACGCCCCCACUGCUGGGCCCGGUUUUCCCCCAGCUCUAGGCUGAACUGUAGCUUUUCAGCCCCCACUGAUCCACCCCUCUCCAUGGGACAUAGGUGGGCAGGAGCUUGGGUCUCUCGAUCCUCCUCGUUCCUGCCCCCACAGGUUCCAAGCUGGCCCUGGGUAACCUCGCCCUGGGCAGGAGCAAGAGUGCUGAGUCCACAGCAGAGCAGAGCUGUGAGAGCCGUAGCAGCCAUGCCCCAGUCUCGGCCAUGGGGAGCUGAGAGGGCCUUUGGGGAGAGUGCAGAGCCCUUCCUGCUCCAAGGCUGGGCUGGCCACAGAGGGGCCCCAUACCACACCAUGAGCCCUGGGAAGGGGAUCUUUGGUGUGAAACCCACAGUCUAGUCAGGCCAGAGACAGACACUGGGUUCCCAAGGGUCUUAGACCUCAGGAAGGAAGGGCUGGGGGCCUUGUCCUGCCCCCACUCCUGGACACACAGCCUCCCUCCCUCUGGCUCAGUCUCAUCCCUCCACUCCCCAGUGAGCCCUUCUCUCCCCACCACCCCAUCCCCUUGAGUGGCCUCGGACUGAGCACCUCAUAGCAAUACAGGGGAGGUCCCCAGGGCCUGGGGCAGGCCACAAGAGGCCCACAGUGGCCGGUGCUGCUGGCCCUCAGCGUGGGUUGUGAGCUCUCAGGCCGAGAGCCUUAUUUACCUAGUGCAAAAACUGUAAAAGUGUAUAGACCCUCCACAGAUUUUUAUCUGAAUUGCAAGUCUCCCGAUUUUUGUAAAUGUCCUUGGUGUUUGACUGUAAUGUAACUAUCUCACCUAACGGUUGUACAUACUCCUUCUGUCCUGGUGCUGCGGAGGGUUGCCUGGGAUCGCUGCUCUCCAGUGGUUUCUAUUUUAUUUUUAAAUCUAGAGAACAGUAUUGGGCAGGAGGAAGAGGUCUGGGAUGUAGAGGACAGGAGUGGGGUGGGGGAGGGUCCUUCCUGCCCCAGCGUUUAUCUAUUGGGUUUGUGGUGGACUGUAUGGGUGGGAGCUGACAGGCAUUGUACCCUCACUGCCAGCAAGGGGGGGUCCUUCUGGGGCAAGAGAGAACCCCUAUCCCAGUGUUGGGGUUGCCGGAGGACCCAAAGAGAUGGGGCGAGGGAAGGCAGUCCCUCCUCUGGAAAGAUUCAGGCCCCAGGUCCCCCUUCCCUAGAGCCAGGAAAGCUCUCCCCUUCCUCUGCCAACAGAGAAGCCUGACUAUUUCUGCCUAACUCCUGUGUUUAGGGUGAAGGAAACUGCCAAACUUCUGUUCAGUGAAGACUCUAUCUGACUGCCCAGAAGGAGGGGGUUGGGGGUGGAAUGCCCAGAUGAGAGUUCUGCUCGUCCUCACCUAAUAGAGCACCUGCCCUGGGCACAGCUCUCUCCCUCCACCCGUGUGUCCUUGGAAGGCAGAGUGUCCAGGGAAAUAGCCUUCUCUUUUCUACAUGUUUGGGCCCCAAAGUUGAUCCCCAGCCCCCGCACCACCUCCCACCCCACCCCCCUUUUUUGUAAGUAUGUGAAAAAGGAAAUAAUGCAAAUGUUGGAGUCUUGGCCGGAGCCCCUCUCUCCAGCUGUGACUUCAGCUGUGUAAUAAUGUACAGAGAACGUGGUUGCUGUUCUAAGACUGUGUGGCUGUGCAAUUUCUGUACAUUUGCAAUUAGAAAUAUUAAAGAUUUAUUUAGCUAUUUUAA